UGCUAAGGAGUGAAGUUUGAUACGACAUCAGUUAUGUUAUUGUCAACAUGCAUUUUCUGACUCAAUCUAUUAUUUUAUUAGUAUUUUACAUUGAAAAAAGAUUAUUGUCAUUCUCUUUAUAUAAAGAAUAGCAAAUGAAACUGUGAGAGGUUGAAAGCCCAAUGAUGCUUAUGGAACUGAUUGGGAUAUGAAUUUUAAUGUUGGGUGUUUUAUAGUGUAGGGCAGUACACUUGAAAACUAUGAAUGACCUUAUCAUAUGUAAUGGAAUGCAUUUAUUAGAGACAAGUUACUUGGGAUCAAUAGCAUAUGAUUAAUACUUGAAAAGUUGGGCAAGGACUGAAACAAGUUAAUCUUCUGUGAAAAGAAAGCUAGAAAGAAGAUUUAUAAAAAAAAUAUUUUGUAAAGAAAAGAGAAGAGAUUGGACAAUUUCAUCACAAUGCUUGUGACAAGUGAGACAGAUGGGCAGCUGGUGGAGGAGGGAGCCCAAGCCAUCAACCUGUCCCCAGUAAACUCCAGGCAGGUGCAGGCCCAGGCACAGCCUCAACCCCCUCAGAAUCCUGCCCAGGGGGCAGAAGGACUGGAGCCUGCAGCAGUGGCCAAUACAGAACUCUCUGCAGUGGAGAAUGGCCAUGUGCACAUGAUGCCCAGUGAGGAGGCAGCCAUGGAAGAGAAGGUUCCAAUGGAAAACUACGACAUCCCUGCACACGUCCUUGCCUUUGUUCCUCCUGACGGGGGCUUUCGGGCUUGGUUGGUGAUGUUGGCAUCUUUCCUCUGCAACGGAAUCAUUUUUGGUAUCAUCAACACCAGUGGGCUGAUAUACAAUAAGAUCAGCCAAAAGUUGGAAGAGGAAGGGGACCCCAAUGCUGCCCUCAAAACAUCCGCCAUGACCGCCCUGGCCAUCGGAUCGACGUUCUUCAUGUCCGUGGUGGCGGGCGUGAUGACGGACACCCUGGGCAUCCGGGUCACCACGUUCAUCGGCGGAGCGCUGGCCACCGCCGGCAUGUUCAUCUCGUCGUUCUUCUAUGAUAAGGUGGAAGUCCUGAUGAUCACCUACGGGCUGAUGUUCGGCGGCGGGGCGUCCCUGGCCUACACGCCGUCGCUGGUGAUCCUGGGCCACUACUUCCAGCGCUGGAUGGGCCUGGUGAACGGCUUCGUGACGGCGGGGUCGUCCGUGUUCACCAUCGUGCUGCCGUUCAUCCUACCUUACAUCCUCGAGAUCGGCAUCCAGACCACGUUCCAGGUGCUCGCCGGCAUCACGGCCUUCCUCAUGAUCGCGGGCCUCGUGUUCAAGCCGCUGAUGCCGAUCCUGCCGCAGCCCCGUCCGGUCUACGACGACACGUGCAAGGGCCAGUGCAAGGCCUUCUUCUCGCGGAUCAUCAACUUCAAAAUCUGGAAGAACAAGCGCUACGUCAUCUGGACGCUGGCCAUCCCUUCCGCGCUCUUUGGGUAUUUCGUGCCCUACGUGCAUCUGGUGAAACAUGUAAAGCUGAUCUUAGGACAAGAUACUGAGUCCCAGAUUUUGAUUCAGUGCAUUGGUGCGACAUCUGGCCUUGGUCGGAUUUUGUUCGGGUUUAUUGCUGACUGUCCUUGGGUGAACCGCAUCAUUCUCCAACAGAUAUCCUUCUUCUGCAUUGGCACCCUGACGAUGCUUAUCACGGCAGCCAAUGCCAUGCCUUUCUUCAUUGUGAUCGCGUUGUUCAUGGGUCUGUUUGAUGGCUGCUUCAUUUCCCUGCUGGGUCCCAUAGCUUUUGAUAUUGUGGGAACUGCAGGUGCAUCACAGGCCAUUGGGUGUUUACUAGCCUUCUGUUCUAUCCCCUUAACCUGUGGCCCAGCCAUUGCAGGUUACAUCUACGAUCAGUUGGGAAGCUAUCUGAUACCAUUCCUUUGUGCUGGUAUCCCUCCUAUUGUUGGGUCUCUUGUCCUCUUCAGCAUAAGCUGUAUGAAACAGCCACCACAGGAGAGUGCUUUACAGGGUGCUCCAGGAUCUCCUGUGCGAGAGCCACCAGAGAAACAGAACAACGUACCCGCUACAGAAGAGCCCAAGGAGACACAUCAACUCAUGUCAGAAGAAGAGCAGAGUGGAGUGUAGGCGAGAGGAAGAUUUUGGAGUGUGAGUGGAGUAGGACUAUCGUGUUUGUAAUGGAGAUAUUAAAGAACCCCGUCCUCUGUCAACGAACUCAGACAACUGCGUCAAAGUUGAUGUUCGGCGCUUGGCAACCCUUCAACAAGAAUCUUGUGUAUAGCUGCACACCUG